GGCGCUUGUUAGUGUCGGUGUUGCACCCCUCUUCGUUCAACUCUUUAUUCUCUCCCUGUCUGAUCAGGUGACCGUGGAGCCAGAAGCGGCUGUUCCAGCCCAGCUCGUUCUCCAUCACAAACCCUAGCGAUACUUCCAGAGAGCAGAGAUACAUACACGUAUACGAGAAUCCAGCAAAUAUCUCCCCAGUCAAACCUCGAACUUUUGGACAUACCGCCGCCGGGAAACAUCAUGCUACAACAUUCGGCGUUGCUGCUUUUACUAGUGGCUACUUUGGCUCUGGCUUUGGAGGUGCCCACCGAUGGAUCUGUGGGUCUGCUAGCCGAGCCCCAGGUGGCCAUGUUCUGUGGGAAGCUCAACAUGCACAUCAAUGUGCAGACUGGCAAGUGGGAGUCUGACCCCAGUGGUACCAAGAGCUGCAUCGGAACCAAGGAGGGCAUCCUGCAGUACUGCCAGGAGGUGUACCCAGAGCUGCAAAUCACCAACGUGGUGGAGGCUAACCAGCCGGUAACCAUCCAGAGCUGGUGCAAGAAGGGACGGAAGCAGUGCCGCAGCCACCCUCACAUUGUGGUGCCCUACCGCUGCCUGGUGGGAGAGUUUGUGAGUGAUGCCCUGCUGGUUCCUGACAAGUGCAAAUUCCUCCAUCAGGAGCGUAUGGACAUGUGUGAGAGCCACCUGCACUGGCACACCGUCGCCAAGGAGUCCUGUGGUGACCGCUCAAUGAAUCUCCAUGACUACGGCAUGCUGCUGCCCUGUGGGAUUGACCGCUUCCGUGGCGUGGAGUUCGUGUGCUGCCCCUCGGACUCCAACCAACUGGACUCCACCGAGCUGGAGGAGGACGACUCGGACGUGUGGUGGGGCGGUGCCGAUGCAGACUACACCGAUGGCAGUGAGCCCCGGGAGGUGGAGCUAGAAGACCCUGAGGAGGCAGAGCCAGCACUGGGCGAGGAUGAUGAGGAUGAUGAUGAUGAUGAGGGAGAGGAAGAGCCUGAGGGAGACCCCAGCGAGCGCACCACCAGCAUUGCCAUGACAACCACCACCACCACCACCACUGAAUCUGUAGAGGAGGUCGUCAGAGAGGUGUGCUCCGAAGAGGCAGUGACUGGGCCUUGCCGUGCCAUGCUCCCUCGCUGGUACUUCGACCUGGUCAGCGGUCAGUGUGUCCAGUUCAUCUACGGUGGCUGUGGCGGCAACCGCAACAACUUCGAGACGCAGGAGUACUGUCUCUCAGUGUGCGGCAGCGUGCUUCCAACUACAGCUGCCAGCACCCCCGAUGCAGUGGACAAGUAUCUGGAGACUCCUGGUGAUGAGAACGAACACGCUCACUUCCAGAAGGCCAAGGAGAGCCUGGAGGCCAAGCACCGCGAGAGGAUGUCUCAGGUCAUGAGAGAAUGGGAGGAGGCAGAGAGACAGGCCAAGAACAUGCCACGAGUUGACAAGAAGGCUGUCAUCCAGCACUUCCAGGAGAAGGUAGAGUCUCUGGAGCAGGAGGCAGCUAGCGAGCGGCAACAGCUGGUUGAGACUCACAUGGCACGCGUGGAGGCCAUGCUGAACGACCGCAGGCGCAUCGCCCUCGAGAACUACCUCACUGCGCUGCAGGCCGAUCCCCCAAAGCCCCGUCAUGUUUUCAACCUCCUGAAGAAGUACGUGCGUGCCGAGCAGAAAGACCGACAGCACACGCUCAAGCACUUUGAGCACGUCCACAUGGUUGACCCCAAGAAGGCUGCCCAGAUCCGACCCCAGGUAGGCAUGCCAGCUUUACUGGGCAUGGGGAUAAGUUCUUGUGUGUAUUAUUAUACUUAUUGUGUGUGUGACCAUUCCCCCCUCUGCUCUCCCCUCUUAGAUGAGCUGGUGCAGAAGGAGCAGGAUGAGGUGGAGGAGCAGCUGUCAGCCCUGCAGAGCGAGCCUCGCAUCAGCUACGGGAAUGACGCCCUCAUGCCCUCGCUAACGGAGAGCCGUACGGCCCCCAUCGACAUGCUGCCCUCCGAGGAGGGAGGCAUCGGCUUGGACGGGCUGGGAUACAUGCACCCCAUCGGCUUCGUGCCCGUCAACACUGAGAACGAAGUGGAGCCUGUGGAUGCUCGCCCUGCUCCUGACAGAGGACUCACCACCCGGCCAGGCUCUGGCCUCACUGGCAUCAAGAUGGAUGAGAUCCCUGAAGUGAGGAUGGAGACAGAGGUCCGACUCAGCUCUGGAUAUGAGGUGCACCACCAGAAACUGGUUUUCUUUGCAGAAGAUGUGGGCUCGAAUAAAGGAGCUAUCAUUGGGCUGAUGGUGGGAGGUGUUGUCAUAGCAACGGUCAUUGUCAUCACCUUGGUGAUGCUGAGGAAGAAACAGUACACCUCCAUUCAUCACGGUGUGGUCGAGGUGGACGCAGCAGUGACCCCGGAGGAACGCCACCUCUCCAAGAUGCAGCAGAACGGUUACGAGAACCCCACCUACAAGUUCUUUGAGCAGAUGCAGAACUAAGGCCCCUUCCUUCACCUCCCCACACCCCACUCUUUCCCCAAUCCGAACCCCAACCCCACCCUCCAAAAACACAAUGCAGGACUAGAAAAUGUACUUACUUCCCUUACCCUUUAAAUAUUUGUUCCUUCUUUACCUAAGCCUUAAAUGGCCUCAAUCUACAUUCUUAGCCACACAACCCUAACUACAGUUUGUCCAUUGAAUGAAUAAGCCGUUUUAAAACCCUGAUGAGAAGUAACAAAACACAAACUAGUAUUUAAUAAAAGUGUAACAGCAUUUAAAAUGUAAUUCUAUACAGUGCGUACUAACAGGAAUAAUAACAUUUUCCCACAUUUUAAUAUUCCACUGCUUGGCUACACAGCUAAUUCAACAUUGCACACGUGCAUUAAAUGCCUGUUCCUGUUACACACUGCUGUGUGCAUGCUCACUAGCAUAAUUAUUGAAGGCUUAUUACAGGACACUUAAAGUUCGUCCCUAAUCACCAAGCCCUACCUACUACCAGUCUUUUCUAAUGUCCAUACGCUCCACUUGUAUUCCAUGCCGAACAGAACAUACAUUUCUAUUCCCUUAGUAUUUGCAUUCAGUUCUUUUAAAGGAAGACAAACUAAAUGUAAACCUUUCUUUCCCUCUCUUUCGGGUGGCAGCUGUGCUGUGUGUUAGAAACUUAGGUGACAGAGGGUUCCUGAUAAAAUGUACUUUUCAACUAGCUUUUUGUUGUUUUCUCUCUCCAAAAAGAAAAAAAGUGACACUCUGAAAUUGAAUGUUUUUUAUUUCUGUGUAAUGUAUAAAUAAAUGAGAUAGCUGUAACUAUUUAGUGCAUGAUGAUUAAAUACGAAAAAAAGCAUAAAAAAUGUGUUCUGCUAUUUUAAGAUGUAGAGACUGUGUUAGCAGGAUUGUAAAGUUAGUAUCUUGUGAUCACGUGAUUUUAAACAAAAUGAGAAACAUGCUUUAAGAUAAAAUCAAUUCAGUUCUGUGUCCAGGCUUUGCCUUCCGUGCCAGCUUGUGGCUCUCUUCCUCCUGGUGUCGGAGGCUGUUAUUUUUAAAUUCACAUUUUUAUUUUGGCUUACUAUGCAUUGUGAGAAACUACCGUAGAAGUUCCUUACAACUUUUCUUUAUUUUUUUUUCUUUUUCAGAUUUAUUUUUAAAUUGUAUUAUUAAUAUUUUUUUGUGCCGUUGCAUUCAUGUAAAGGUGGUUGCUGCUUCUGUGUUUAUGAUAUUAAAAAGUACAGGAAAAGAGAAAAAAAAAAACUUGACCUGUUUUGGACUGUUUUUGGUGCGUGUCUUUGUGCUCUCAAGCCUCCAGCACGGGGUUGAGGAGUCUGUAUGGCCCGCUCCCGCUCUCCUCACUGCCAGGUUGCUGGUAUCACUUGCUGGGUCCUGUAACAGCAGAGUGAGUGUAGGUGUAGCUGCAGAAUGAUAGAAGUGGGGAUCACAGGGCAGGCAGGCUGUUCAACCCCUUUCCAUUAUGUACUCUUUCCUUUGUAUGAUGUUGAGGUUUGUUGUGUUUUUUUUUUUUUUUUAAUAGAUGUAUAUUUCGAGGAGUCCCUGUUAAUUCUGUAGUACCUUUUGAAGUUUGGGGUGUUGGAGGAUGAAUGAGGGAGCCUGACUGUCUAAGAUAUCCCUCAGGCCAGUUUUAUUGUUCCAUAAAAUGGUUAGUCUCCUCUGGGAUAAAUGCCAGGGUGCAGCUCAUUCAAUCAAGCACUCUGCACAUCCAUUUUGGCCUACAUUUGGUUGAAAGGAAGCUUACUAAUUAGGAUCAAAGUCAAAUUCUGUUUUGGUAAGAAUGCCAGAGGCCUGAAGUUGACUGGACUUUUCAACCUGAGUGAUUCUUUAGAAGACAUUCCUAACAGUAAACAGACAAGAAACAAAACUCUGGAGGGGUGUGGUUUUGUAAAUUCCACACCUACAGUAUUAUUUUGUUUCUUAACCAAUUAGAUUCCUGCAGGUUCACACCAUCAGGUCGAGUUAGAAGCUGUUCUAAUUCGAUUCUCAAAAGGGGUGUGCUGCCUUUUUUUUUUUUUA